AUGGCUGCCCUGAUUUACCAUAUAUUCUCUUCUUCUGCUCUUUUAUCCCUGGGGUUGUACCAUCUCAUCUGCAUCACCAGAAACCAUCUCAAGUACCCACGGGAUUACAUAGCUAAACCCUACCAUCCUCUCCCUUUCUCUUCUUCAUCAAAUCGAUUGCUCAAGUAUCUCCAGCUCUAUUUGAUCAUCCUCUGUCUUUUCAUUGCCUUGGUCAACCAGCUCCUCGUCUCCUCCGACGCCGAUCCCCUCCUAAAGGGUCGGACCCCUGUUCACCGCUUCACCUCCCUCCAGGCCGCCGCCGUUCUCUUCUGCUUUCUCAUUCUCUCUAUUGCCCUCCUCCUCUCCGAUGUCACCUCCCUUCUCCCUCUUCCGCCAGAUCUCUUCUUUGCCAUUGCAUCCGCUAUCUUCUUCCUCCAGUAUUCUGUCUCCUCCGCCUCAGCCGCAGUCCAGACUUCCGAUCUCCAGGCCAAGUGCGACUCCGUUGCCGCCUGCAUAUUUGCCCUUUCCUCCGCUCUGUGUCUUGUUAUUGCCUUCCAGCCCAGGCUGUUCGUCGUUGAUGCCGCCCUGGGGGCAUCCUUUUGCCUGCAGGGACUGUGGGCCCUACAGACUGGCCUCUCCCUCUACGUUGACGCCUUCAUUCCUGAGGGCUGCCACAAGCUUCUCGACGUAGUCAGUGGAGUAGAGGGAUCAACCAAGUGCGAUUUGGAAGAUUCCAAGCUCAGGGCCGUGGCGAUUCUGGAUCUGGUGUUCGUGCUCCACGUGCUCCUUGUGCUCCUCAUCUUCAUGGUGGUGUAUGCUGCAGUUGCCAGGACCGUUGGCAUCCACAACAGACUCCGUUCUUACGAAGCCUUGCCCACUGCCGCUGCUGAUUCCAGUCACAUUCAAAUGAAGGCCAUGACCGGCACUCAGUCAUAA